AUGCCUCCAAAAACCCGAUCCCAAAGAAGUAGAGAGCAGGAAAUUCUGAAAGGGGUUAAAGAUAAUGCUCCAUAUAUUGUGGACGUGGAAGAUGAUGAAGACGAAAAUAAUGAUGAAUUUAAUUCGCCACUUAAAUCUACGCCUGACAAAACGGAAUCGGACAAAGAGUCUACUAGUAGUGUUGCAAUACAUUAUCAUAGAAGCCCUACAAACAAAUUCGAUGAUUUACUAAAAUCUAGUAAAAAACAAGGCGAGAAACGGCCGUCAAUUAAUAUGAACAAUACUCAAGAACUAAGCGAAAAUGAUGACGACGACGAAGAUACAUCAGCUUCCUCUAAAAGAUAUGAUCUUCCUGAAGAAUUGAAACAUCCUAAAUUAGGAUUAUCAAGCAUGUUGCAAAAAUCAAACGAUACAACCUUGAGUUCAGACAGUGAGGAAGAAAAUGGAACCACCAAACAAAUCGAUGCUACUCCAGCAAAAAAACCAAAGAUUACCAAAACCACCACUCCAGUUAAUUCUAACGAUGAGUAUAUUGAGUGUGCACUGCCGACGGCAUCUGUCCCUCGACAAUUAGUCGAUUCUUCCUCGUCAUCAUCGUCCACAACAUCCAAAACACCUGCCAAGCCAUCAAAACCAACUUCGGAUACGGAAGUUAUUUCAAUUCCAAGUUGUAGUCUUACAGAAAUUGAAGACACACCUCCAAAAAAAGAAGAGCCAAAGAAAACUAUAUCAGCUGAGGAGCUAGACAAAACAUUUGACAAUCCUAUAGAUUCAAAACUUAACAGCAUGAGGGAACGAUUUGAUGAAAUCAAAGUUAAAGCUCAGGAUUCUAUGCGACACCUUUGUGACGAAGUUCUAUUAUAUUUGCAUUCUCAGUGGACACUCCUCCCUGAAAAUAAGACCAGAUUUAAGAAAGGGCUGGAAAUUGCUGGAAGGUCAGCAGUGAACAAUGCUCAAAAAGCUAAACUUUUUUAUCUCAUCCUUUCAUAUUAUAUUAUUCAUGAAAAGAAGGAUAUUGAAAAUUGUAUCAUGUAUUUAUUUGAUCCUACAUAUGAGUUUGACUCAACGAACUCAUCUACCAAGCGUGUGGAUGUUUCACUUGUUAUAGAGCUGGAAGAUGUCUUUAAAGAAUUUUCCAACAAUAUGGAAGUGUUAUCUAUUUUACGAAAGUAUCAAGCUCUCUAUUAUAUUUGCAAGCUGCAAUGUCAAAGCGAGGAAGAUCAUCAGACGCUCAAUACUCUUAAAUCGAUUGUAAAACAUCAACAUCAUUGUAUGAGAAGCUAUUUCAAAUCCGAUAAAAAGCGAUAA